AUCUUAUAAAUAGCACUAAGCUCAUCCCUGUUGAAGCAAGAGGAUAUUUUAGGUCUUCUCCAACAUGUAAAUUCAACAGACUGGAGUUUUCACCAAAUAUCUUAAAAAAAUGUCAAAUUUUGAGCAGUUUCACUUGGACUUUUACCAGUCUAAUUAUACCAUAGAGGACCAAGAGGAAAGUUGCAACAGCUAUGGCUCAGACAAAAACUUCUGUGAAAGCAGAAAGAGCCAGACAGAAAAGCAACCUGUGGGUGGGGCUUUUGUCCCAUCAGACAUGCUCCUGUCCCCUCAGAGCUACACGGGUCAGAUUUUGCAGCCAGCGUACAGUCCUGACACUCCUUCUCAGCUCGGUUAUGCUGAUGGGUUUGACGAGGAGCCUCCUUUGCUGGAAGAACUUGGGAUCAAUUUUGAGCAUAUAUGGCAAAAAACAUUAACAGUUCUAAACCCAAUGAAGCCUGCAGAUGGCAGCAUAAUGAAUGAGACAGACCUCACUGGACCUAUGGUUUUCUGUUUGGCCCUUGGAGCAACAUUGCUGAUGGCAGGAAAAGUUCAUUUUGGCUACGUGUAUGGGAUGAGUGCCAUGGGGUGCCUUGCCAUGCAUGCCCUGCUGAACCUGAUGAGCGACUCGGGAGUCUCGCACGGCUGCGUUGCAAGUGUCCUGGGCUACUGCCUGCUGCCCAUGGUCAUCCUGUCCUCCUCUGCAGUUCUCUUCUCCCUGCAGGGGAUCCCAGGAACUGUGUUAGCUCUGUUUGUUAUUGGAUGGUGCAGUUUGUCAGCCUCCAAAAUUUUUACAUCUGCAUUGGCUAUGGAAGGACAGCAGCUCCUGAUUGCAUACCCAUGUGCUUUACUUUAUGGACUUUUUGCACUUCUAACAAUUUUCUGAGAUGCAUUUUCUGGUAGUUUUCUUACAGUCUGUUUAUAGUUGUUGGAGGGGCAAGGGUUUAUUUACUUAUUUUCAGAUUGCCUAGAGUUAAGUUCCAUUAGCAAAAUUAGAUUCUGUGACUUACUGGUUUUUUUCCAAAUGGCUGAUAAUGAAAUAAAAAAAAUUAAGCUAACUGGUAGAUGGCCUUAAAACAAAGGUGUUUUGACAAUCUCAGAGCUUAAAGAAGAGAAAUUGUAUUGAGAAGGUAGUAAAAGUGAAGAAAAAAAAAAGAAAUAAAUUAUAAUUAAAAUAAAACAUUCUGUUCUGAGUAUUUAUGAUAUAAUACAUAUGCUAGAGAGUAACUAGAAUGCAAUUAUGUAAAUAUUUAAUGGACAUAGUUAAUCAAGCAAAAAUGCAUAUUUAUUUGUUUUUAAAAAAACAAGUUGCCAUCUUAUAUAAUUACUAAUUAAUAUCCAGAAUUUGUAUGUUUGGGUUUGGGUAAUUUUUUUCUUUUUGUGACAGAAGGUUGAGUGACCCUGUUCUGUGGCAUUGAAGAACUGAUCAAGAACAGGCUGAUAAAACAGAGGGAACAUAGGAAUGUUGUCUCGGUUUUUCUUUUUUCAUUUUUUUUUUCAAGAGGUGCUGGUAUCCAAAACACCAUUGUACUGUUUUUAAUAUAGAGUAGAUUUAUAUUUUAAAAUUUUUAUUAAACCACUGCCUGCUGUAACUGCAGGAAAGCACCACACAAAACAAAGGCAACCCUUAAAAAUGUCUCCUGAAAGGCAGAACUGUAUUUAAACAGAGAAAAUGCAAAUCUUCAUAAUUGUAUCAGCCCCUCAAAAAUCUAUUUGCUGUUUUUAGUUUUAGGGGAACCAAACAUUUAUAUAAUGGCAAUAAGGCACAGAAUACAGAAGAUGAUAUUUUAAAAUAUAGUAUUAGAAACAUUGAGCCAUCAAGAGAAAUUGGAGAUGAGUGCAGUCACAAUAUGAAAAAAAUCUAUGUAUGAAGUAGUAGAGAAAAUGAAGGUAGGUGUAGAAAGAGCUAGGAAAAGUAAAUAGAUUAAAUAAAUGGAAAUGUGAGGGAAAUAAAUGGUAGCAGAUUAUUUCUUCAGUGUCUUAUGGUGUCUCUCCUCUUGAUGCAUAUUCUUAUGAUCUUGAUUAUUCUCAGUUGAUUGUUUUGAAUACUUUGGUGAUCUGUUUACAAAAUAUUUUCUUCCUAGACAGAGGGUGAGUGAUUCUGGGACAGAGGGUCCUGAUGGCUGUAAGCACUUAGGCAGAAGCUUAGUAUGGCAAAGCUGCUCAAGAAUACACAAAAGUAAUUGUAUUCCUAAUCCUUUUCAGGUCAGAGGUAAAUUAGACGAUCAGUUUGUCCUCAAGCUAGUGACUCUCUUCCCGAAUUGCAAGAGCCUUUGGUAAAAAUAUUUCCCAUUGCUAUCAUAUUUGUUUGGGUUUUUUUAAAGAACUCUUAUGCAAACCAUUCUGGAAUUCAUUUUGUUGAAUUCCAGCUGAACUAGUUCAGACUAAAGGCCAUGAGAAGUAAACAAAAGUAAUGUAUACUUAGCUAACUCCUUAAAAAAAUCACAACUCAUUUAGGGAAAAAAUGCUGCAUUUAUCCAUUUCUUUACUGCAAAGCUAUGAAAAUGGGAACAGAGAGGCCAAAUUGGAGGCACAACCCUGGAGCAAAUUGUGGCUAUAACUAGGCAGGAUAUAUUUGCAUGUAAGUGGGAAUUGUGUGAAUUUGGAAGAUCAGCAAUUGUAAACAUGACAAAUUUGGCCCUGCUGUAUCAGGGAGUAAAUCUAUCAGGGAGUAAUAAGGCACAGAUAAACAUGUCAAGUGACUGCAGGGUAUGGAUAUAAAAAUCAGGGGCUUUGAUUUACCAUCCAUUAAUGGCAUUCUCAUGUCUGAAUGGGGACAGAUUCAUAUGGUUGCACUAGUCUUAGAGUUUAGAAAAGAUGGUUUAGAAACAUUUAGAUCCAUUUUUGUCCUACAUUUCCUAUUAUCAUUCAUACUGUCUAAAACAAGUAUAAAAUGGCUCCAUUCUGCAGCACUUUAUGUUCAUUCUCAUACUGAUCUGCAUGAUAUGAAUCACAGGGGAAGCAGUGAAUCGAGCCAUCAAUUUGUCUUUUGAUGUCAUAGACAAGUCAAAUUACUUAUGGGGAAGACAAACACCUUGAAAUUUUGCCACAACGUUUACAAAAGCAAAUUAUUGUUUUAUAUUUAUUUUCUUAGAAUUUGUAACUUCUUUUUCUUCACUGAGACACAUCUUCAUAAUUUUGAAUGUUAAGAACUUAAUUCCAGUAAUUUCCCUUGCUUUACUGUUUUUCUGUGCCAAUUUCCUUUUUCCUGUUCCCAAGGGAUUUCCAGUAAGUGGUACCUGCUGGUGCUGUGCUCCCAGCGUGGUGUCCCCCAGGAGUCUGUGCUGACUCAGAGGGUUAAACUGUCUUAGAUGUCCUUCUACUUCUCUGAAACAAGAUUCCUCAUUAUUACCCAGCUCUCUUUUCUGAAGGUCAGAACAGCCAUGGUGAUGUUUUAGACCAUGUUUUCUUGUGUUUUCUUCCUAAAUCUAAAAAUAUUAUGGUUACUAUCACAAACUGUUAGUUCAUAAAAAAAUAAAUGUUAUUAUAUUAAAUAA